GGUGCCGACAAUGCCUCUGGGUAUGGUCGGCGAACUCAGCCAGUUGCAGGACUGGGGCACGGAUCGUGAGCUCGUCACGGAGCGGACAGCAACUAGCACGAGUGCACUCACUACUGUUGGCGGCAUCACUACGGGUGGCACUGCCACCACUCCACCAGUACUCUUGGCAGCAGGAGGCGGCCGGCCUUCGGGCUUGGAGGGUCCGCUCUUUAGACCAGACACGCAGCCUGGUAUCGCUACAAUUGAUCCCGCGGCUGUUAAUGCAGGUGGCUUCCCCGUCGGCGCUGGCGCCCCCGUCCUUCCCUCCAUCGCGGGCUCUUCAGGCAAUCCGCUGACCCCACGAGGGGCUUCCGUACAUGAUACAACAACUACUUCUUUGACGGGGUCCUCGCGUCAUCCCGGCACUGGAUACUUUGCAAGAGGUCUGACUAUUCCGCAGCUUCCUUCGAGUUACACCGGAACGUCCCUAAACGAGGUCUCCAACCCGACCACAACAGCAGGAACGGGAGCUGCCACCGGGUCGUCUCUGCACGCUCAGGCGACUUUGGUAAAUGGGACACUGGCGCCAGCGAAUGUGAUAGUAAAUAGACCACAGACUGUGACUGACGCAAGUGGGACGAUAGGGGAAGGUCGGUCUUCGCGCGCAGUUAUUAAAGUUCCCCCGGCCCCUGUGCCUGGUGGGGGUGGGAAUAAUAUCGUAGUACCCGCAAAAAUAGUAUCAGCAGGGGCAGCUGCAGGUGGAGUACUAGAAGGUGCUCUCUCUAAUAGUAGCACUAGUAGACAUCAAGCUCAGGAACAUCAUCUUCAAGCGGAGCAGCUACCCGACCACGAGCCGGCGACCCGGGCUACUAGCUUCGCAGCGAGAACAAGAGGGAAGGACGAGACGAGUGAGACUUCUCUUCAUACAACUGCAGAAAAGACCUAUCCCGAGAGCAUGCUGCGCCGGGUCCCGCUGGAUAACGUUGUGUUUCUGGAAGAGGUCCAACAGCGACAGGAACAACACCAGCAAAGGGUUUUAGCAGAUGAGGAUUCAGGUACAACAGGAGGCGCCGCUGGUGCCCCUCCUGCGUCGUCGUUGACGCAGACCACGACAACGCCUGGACGAGGUGGCGACUUGCAACGGACGGGCAGUGAAACAGUCUCUGGACCUGGAGCAGGUGUUGCUCCACCUUCUGGUAACCAUCAUCUUGUGCCACCUCUUCCAAGUGCGGAUGGUACCAGUCCAGGUUGGACACCGGAGAAGUCUGAUAGUGUUGGGGUCAACACGGCGUCCGUUGGCGACUUCGAGAGCCCCAUGAGUACGAUUACACGAAUAGCAGGACAGGAGUAUGGAGUACUAGGCAGCGAAAGCACAUCAACAAACCACAACAUCAAACAGAACAACAAUGCUACUGCUACAGGAGGAGCCACGUCUUCUGGCGGUGCUGCUGAAGUUGUAGGUGCAACAGGUACCGGAACAAUAAAUGCAGGAGCAGCUUCAGCAAAUAACCUCGAAGAUCGUGUGAAGAAUAUAGCCGAUUCAGCCGCAGCAGCAGGUCUAGAAGUAGGUAAUUUUUAUAACGGGUCCUAUCCUAGCAGCAUCGCAGGUAGCACGGUGAAUAACAGGACGGUGAUUAUCAAUGGAGGAGGAGGUACACUACAACAUGGUGGUCAACAUUUGCCAGACCCUGGAACAGCAUCUUCGUCAGCGAUGACAAGGACGCAGUUGAAUCACAUUUUUCAAGAUUUGGUGUCCACAUCCGACGUGGACAGGGAGUCACCGGACCGUCGCAUGCAAAAUCACCUGGUUCAAAGUCUCUUCAAGUCCUCUGGCGCUGGGGCAGCUACGACUUCAUCUAGUGCCACUGCGGGUGCGGUCGUCCAACAAGGGGGACCGCAAAGUAGAGAACAGCAACAACCACAACAACCGCAUGAAGGUGCUGGAGAUCAGCGACAGCGUCCUCAGGUUUUAGAGAGAGUGCCUACAGCGGAAAGCAGCAACGCGGCGACUACGUCGACUCUGAUGGAUAACGUGUUGGACUCUGAUGGAGGACCAUGUACAGCCCGUACGCCGACCAACGUGGCCAGUGCGAGUGCGCUCGAUGCACCAGGCGGACCGUCCCUGCCCCCCUUGUCCUUUCCCCCGGCAACAUCCUUUCCCCCUGGUGCGACAACUGCGGUGGCCAACAACAACAAUGUGGCAGGACAAGCAGGAGCACCAGCAGCUCCACCUCCCGGCAUACCUCAAAUGACGCCCCCUACCACUGCUUCUGACUCUGUGCCCCCUACAUCAACUUCUGGAGCUAUUCGUCAUGAUGUAGCGGAGGAACAAGAUUCAAUGGGUGCAUGGAGCACGAACCCCAGCACCAUGGUCAAUAAGAAUGCGAUGACGACAGGGCACCUACUCGAUCGAAGUCCUAGGGAAGGACUAGACAACCUGUUCCCUGCAUCCUCUGCAGGAAUCCUACAGCCAUGCUCCUCAUCUUCUAGCAACAACAUGUUGAUGUUGGGAGAACAUCAACAUUUACUACAACUACAAAACCUAAGCCAUCAGAGUCUGAAUUAUCAGGGUCCUCAGGUUGGUCCGGCGCUAGCAACUUGUUCUUCCACAGGAGUGGUCCAACAACUGAAUAGUCCUUUUCCAUCAACUUCUGCAACAGUGCAUAGUUCUGUCAGCUCACCAGCACCGAUCGGGGAAGAACGCCACAGCCGCUUGAAGGAAAAGAAGGAACAACACAAAGCCCAGCAACAAAAAGAGUCAGACGAACAAAUCAAAAAACUCUAUGAAGACUGGGCGUAAGAUGCUAUAUUAGAGCAGGAACAGGAGCGGACUUCUUUUGAAAUCGGAGCGAUGUUUCAAUCAGCCAGAAAAGAGAGAUAUAAUUCAAGAAGAAGAAAGUACUGCUCACCUGUUGAAAUUUGAACUUCAUCGUUCUUUUCCUCGCAAAAAAAGGAUUGUGGUCUUCGCAUUGCUUGCUGUUGUCUAGUUUUUUUUUUCUGAGUAUGGAUGCACGCAAAGUAGUGGUUUAGCGCAGUCGUGUGUACUACUGUACGCGAACGCGAGCUUUACGUUUCUUAUCAGUAUCUUUCCAGAAGAUGUAUUCAUUGUCUCAAUCAAGAAGAUGACUUCGCAGCCUUAUUCAACUCUGUUUCCUUAUUUUCCCUCGAAGACUUACUUUUUGACAUAUAUCGUCCUGAUGAUUAUUUGUUUCCUUCCUAAACGUAAAGGGGCUGGCUGUCGUCCAAAGGUAGACGGCGAAAAAGAUGCAAAACUAGCAAAGUAUCUAGACUCAGCAGGAAAGCCGCCGAAGCGUAGGAUGAAAUCAACCAAAGCAGGAGUUGACUCAGUUUAAAGACCAAGAAUAUUUACGAUCAAGAUGAGAAUCAUGAAUACUUACAACCUGUAUUAUAUGUAGAGAUGUGCACACCAGGUGAUGCCUCGAAGUCACGUUCAAUGUUAGUCUUGCUGUGGUCUAUUGAUCUACUACUAGAACUAGUCGUCCCAAAAUUCGACGAACUUUUACAAACAAACGCAGAAAAGGAGCUCGAAAAUGAAAAUGGUUUUUUUUUUAAUGAAGAUGCUUGCAAUACCGACUAAGAAUGC